AUGGCUGAGCAAGACACUGUGAGUAUUAAACUGGUACAGGAAAUCGAAAAAUAUACGUGUUUGUAUGAUUAUAACUUAAAAUCGUAUAGCAACGAUCGGGCAAAAACAGCAGCAUGGAAUGAAAUUUCAAAAACAGUUAAUAUAUCAGUAAGUGAAUGUAAAGAAAAAUGGAGGAAUGUUAGAGGAAGGUACUUAAGACAAAUUAAAGAACAACCACCAAGCGGAUCUGGAGCCAAACGCAAAAAGAAAGAUUACUAUCUAAGUGAAUACUUACAUUUCAUCGAACCGUUCACCAAAUCAAGACCCCAAACCGGAAAUUUACAAGCCCAAGAAAAUGAUAACGAUGGUUCAGAAACUGAAGCUGAUGAUGAAAUUGAUAUUGAUACUUCUAUUAUAUGUCAAGAAACUUCUGAUAGAAAUGAAGAAACUGAUCCAGAUAUGAACUUUCUUAAAAGUUUACUUCCAGAUAUCAAAGCUUUAAAUCCAAGGCUAAAAAGAAAUUUAAAAUAUGACAUAAUGAAACUAGUUAAUGAUGCUAAUGAUCAAAUGCAAAUUAGUCAAGUAGAACAAAACACAACAACACAACAAGGCACAGUUUAUCAACCUCCCUAUGAAAUCAACCAACCACAAGAUCUGCUACAUCACCACCAAGAAACACAUAAUUCUCCUUAUGGCACCAACCAAUCCAAGAGUCAACCAUACCAACAAGAACAACAUACUCCAUACUGGAGACCAUUAUAA